AUGUCAACGCCGUACUACGUGAAAGACUCAGCCGAAUCUAAUUGUUCAUUACCAUUAGUAAUGUUACCUCCCCGCAAACGGUUAACGAAAAUGAUUAGAGAUCACGAACAUAACUUGAACCAUGAGAAUUUGAUUGGUAGCAGUUCUUCAGUAAUUGCAUAUCAUUGUAGUAGAUGUCAAGAAACGUUUAUCAGUUCCAUCAAGCUUGAACCUCACAGGUGUACCAACUCUCAAAAACAAGCCUUUCGCUGCGGAAUCUGUUUUCAAAAUUUCAACCGAGUCGAUGAUCUUAAAGUCCAUGAGCAUAUUCAUGUGAAUGAAAAGCCUUUUCCAUGCUCCAGAUGUUCUAAAUCAUGCGGUCGGCAGGAAGAUCUUACAGAACACGAAAGCUUACAUACACAAGAGCCUCAUACCUGCACAACAUGUUUUGCAUCAUUUCGUCAAAAAGAACAUGUUACAGUGUACGAGAGUACUCAUAACCACAAAAAGCCUUACAUCUGUUCAAUAUGUUCGAAAUCAUUUGGUCAAAAACACCACCUAAAAACGCACGAACGUACCCAUACUCAGAAAAAGCCUUACAUCUGUUCAAUAUGUUCGAAAUCAUUUGGUCAAAAACAACAUCUCAGAAUACAUGAGCGUAUCCAUACUCAAGAAAAGCCCCACACGUGUGCAAUAUGUUUAAAAUCAUUUAUUCAGAGAUGCAAUCUCAGAGUGCAUGAGCGUAUCCAUACCCAAGAGAAGCCCCACACGUGUGCAAUAUGUUCAAAAUCAUUUAUUCAGAGAAGCAACCUCAGAGUGCAUGAGCGUAUCCAUACCCAAGAGAAGCCGUACAGUUGCUCAAUUUGUUCAAAAUCAUUUAGUCUUCAAAAUAUUUUAAAAGUGCAUGAACGUACCCACACCUCCGAAAAACCCUAUAAGUGCGCAGUUUGUUCGAAAUCAUUUAAUCGGAAGGAUAGUCUUGUAGUACACGCCCGCACCCAUACUCAAGAGAAGCCGUAUAGUUGCUCAAUAUGUUCAAAGUCAUUCAGGUACACGAGCAAUCUAAAAUACCAUGAGCGCACCCAUACCAGCGGCAGUCCCUUCACCUGCUUGAUAUGCUUAAAAUCCUUCACAAGGAAGAAUAGUCUUAUAGUACAUGAGCGCACCCAUUCUUACGAAAAACCCUACAGUUGUUCAAUAUGUUCAAAAUCAUUCAAUCAAAAACCACAUCUCACGGUACAUGAGCGCAUCCAUACUCAAGAGAAGCCGUACAGUUGCUCAAUAUGUUCCAAAUCGUUUAGUCGAAAACAACAUCUUACGGUACAUGAGCGCAUCCAUACUCAAGAGAAGCCGUACAGUUGCUCAAUCUGCUCCAAAUCAUUCACUCAAAAGGCGAAUCUUGCAGUUCACAUGCGCAUCCAUACUAACGAAAAGCCCUUCAUUUGCAUCACAUGUUCAAAAUCAUUUAGUCAAAAAAAUCAUCUUACGGAACAUGAGCGCAUUCAUACUAACGAAAAACCCUACAAGUGCUCGACAUGUUCCAAAUUAUUUAGUCGAAAACAAAGUUUUACACAACAUGAGCGUAUCCAUACUCAAGAAAAGCCAUACAGUUGCUCAAUAUGUUCAAAAUCAUUCAGCCAGAAACAAUAUCUCAAAGUGCACAACCGGACUCAUACUGGUGAAAGGCCCUUCAGUUGUGGUGUAUGUCGACAUAAUUUUGCUCAACGCAGCCAUUUAAAGUCACAUUUUCAGAAUCUCCACAGCCAAUGA